AUGGUGCAGUCUGGCAAUGUGACAGAAUUCAUUUUUCUAGGACUCUCUCCUAAUCCAGAAAUUCAGAGAGUGUGCUUUGUGUUAUUUUUGUUCUUGUACAUCGCUAUUAUUCUGGGAAAUUCUCUCAUUGUGUUGACUGUCAGCUUCAGCAAGAGCCUUGGCUCGCCCAUGUAUUUUUUCCUCAGCCACCUCUCCUUUGUGGAGAUUUGUUAUUCCUCUACCACUUCCCCAAAACUCAUUGUGGAUUUGCUUUCUGAAAGGAAAUCAAUCUCCCUAGAGGGCUGCAUUACACAAACAUUCUUCUUCCAUGUCUUUGGUGCCAUUGAAAUGUUUCUCCUCACAAUAAUGGCUUAUGACCGAUACUUGGCCAUCUAUAGGCCUCUACAUUAUGUGACCAUUAUGAACCGCCGGAUCUGUGCCAUUCUGGUUGGGAUGGCCUGGUUGGGUGGCUUUUUACACUCAAUUGCUCAAAUUGUCUUUGUGUUCCACUUACCCUUUUGUGGACCUAAUGUGAUUGACCAUUAUUUCUGUGAUGUGCUCCCUCUGUUAGAGCUUGCAUGUACUGAUACCUUCUUCAUUGGGUUGCUUAUUGUGGCUAAUGGAGGGAGCCUAUCAAUGGUCAGCUUCAUAAUUCUAUUAAUCUCUUAUAGUGUUAUCUUAUUUCACUUAAGGGGGCAUAGCAAGGAAGAACGCCGAAAAGCCCUUUCCACUUGUGCUUCCCAUGUCAUUGUAGUUAUCUUGUUCUUUGGACCCUGUGCCAUCAUCUACCUGCGACCCUCCACCACAAACUCCAUGGACAAAAUGGUGGCCAUAUUCUACACAGUGAUCACUCCCCUCCUCAACCCAUUCAUCUAUUCCUUGCGGAAUGCUGAAGUGAAGAAUUCCAUGAGGAAACUGUGGUUCAGGGCAAUGAAUCAAGGAGAGACAGGAAGAGGGUAA